AGAAAAGAAUAAAAAAUGGAAAAACCGGCGACGACCUGCUAUACGACGUCGUAGGGUGUUGUCGAAGAUGAUUGGCGAAUCUUCACGGCAGGCUUACUUUUCAAUCCCAACUCUAAAAUCAGUACUAGUAAAGGAGAAACCCGAGUUGUUCUCUCCGACAAUCCAACAACAAUUGGAUUACACGGUCGAUUGUGCUUCGAUUUAGGCUAAAAGAGAAAUGGAGAAUUCAAAUUCAGAAGAUUUGUGCGGUGUAGAGCAGAAUGAGGAGUGUAGGAUCAACGAUCCAGCGUCGACGAGCUCGUCUUACAGAUUGUUCGGUCGUCAGGCCUCUGUUCAUCAAAUGAUGGGUGGCGGCAAAGCUGCUGAUGUCAUACUGUGGAGACGGCGUCAUGCUUCAUUUGGCAUACUUCUUGUUGCCACUUUUUCCUGGCUAUUAAUUGAGCGCUCAGGGAUAUCAUUUUUAUCUCUUUGUUCAGAUGUGUUGCUGAUUUUAAUUGUUCUGCUGUUCCUCAAGGCAAACUAUGCUGUAUUUAGAAAAAAGCAACCAAAGACACUACCAGAACUAGUUCUAUCAGAAGAAAUGGUAAAUAAUGCUGCUGCAUCAUUUCGUGUUAAAAUCAAUUACAUGCUGCUUAUGGCUCAUGACAUUACUCUUGGCAAAGAUUUUAGACUUUUCUUCAAGGUUGUGAUUGCUUUGUGGCUCUUGUCUGUGAUUGGUAGCCUGAUAUCUUUCUUCACUCUCGCAUAUAUAGGAAUCAUUCUUUCCAUUACAAUUCCAGCAUUGUAUGACAAAUUUGAGGACCAUGUUGAUCGCUUCGCGGGGAUGAUCCACAGAAAGUUUUCGAAGCAUUAUAAGAUAGUGGAUGAAAGUUUGCAGAGCAGACUGCCUAGGACUCUGGCCAAGGAAAAAGAUCCUUAACUUAGACGAGCUGCUCCUUCGAUUGGACCAAUAUGUCGUCCCCUUCUUUUGAGUACAUGGAACAAGGGAAUUAAAGGUUGGCUUCUCAUUUCACUGAACCUUAGCGAGUAAUCUCUUGAGUCUGUUGUUGGUCGUAGAAUCAGACGAUCAAGCGUGUACAGACAUUAUCACUCUUAUACCCAUAUUAUUUGUUAUUAUUCAACAACAAAUCCAACCAUUAAUGAUAUGAACGAGGUUUGUUGACUUCA